CGUUGUCUCGUUCGUUCAUCGAAAUGUCUGUCUGACUCUGUCUUUACAAGUUACUGAUUAUGAUUACUACUGAUUUUUUUGAGAUUUUCACGAAUUUGCAAUGCUGAACUGUACAAUUUUGUUUUUCGUUUAUUAAGUGAUGUAAUGCAAAGAAUUUUCAACCAUGGAUUAAAAAAACUAAGUCGGAUUUAGCGCCGUAGGAGUGUGGUUAUGCCCGAAGCAUGCCAUCGACGUCGCGGUCGAGGGGCUCCGGGCGCGGGCCGGACGGCGCGUCACGGGCCCAAGUCAUAGCGCCCAUGUCGGAGCGGCAACAGUUGGCUCUGGUGAUGCAAAUAUCUUCCCAGGAUGCCCCGCCAGCCGCUCCGACCCCAGCAGAAGAGAGGAAACGAACAAGGCAGCAACGGAACGAACGUGGGGAGACACCGCUACAUGUGGCAGCUAUACGAGGAGACCAUGAUCAAGUCAAAAAGCUUCUUGAUCAGGGUCAGGAUCCCGACAUGCCAGACUUUGCAGGAUGGACACCUCUACAUGAAGCUUGCAGCUAUGGAUGGUACCAAGUAGUAGUAGUUCUUGUGAAUGGUGGUGCGAAUGUCAAUGCCAAAGGUCUGGAUGACGAUACACCCCUGCAUGACGCUACUACGUCUGGUAAUCUCAAGAUGGUGAAAUUCCUCAUUGAACAUGGGGCUGAUCCGUUUGUGAAGAACACAAAGGGAAAAAUGCCAUCAGACUAUGCGGCGCCACACAUCUAUGAGUAUCUGCAGUCCUUGAAAGAUAAUAACGUGAGAGCUGCACACGUCGGUCGCGCGAGGGAUGACAGCGUCAAGAAGGGUUGCAAUGCAAGUGCGAACAGCGAAUGCAGCAAGCGGAACAACAUGGAGACCCUAGCGCAGGGCGAAAAUUUCGAUGGCAAAGAUGCCGUUUCGCAAGAGAAGGGUUCGACGGAGAGUAGAGAUGAGAGCACUCAGCUAAGUAGCAAUGUGGUAUCAUCGACACAAGACGAAACCGUUGGUGGAAACAAGAGACAGUACACAGAGGACAAUCAUGAGGCCGAGACGGCUGAUGAGGAAGGGUCCAAGCGGAAGAAGAAGAAGGAAAAUGAAGAAAAAGAACCUAUGGGAAGACCUCUUCUGGUGGGGCAGCGAGGCCCCGGGCGCGUCUUGACCGGCAGUAAGCCCCCUGGGCCGGCGAGUAAGACUGGCGCAUCACAACUCGGAAAAAGUGGAGGGGGACAAAAUGCUAAAGGAUCCGGCGGCUCCGGCAAGGGCAACGCACAGUCCCAAGGGAAAGGCGGCUCCGGCGGGAAAGCAAAUGCACAAAGUUCGCAUCAGAGCAAGUCGUCGGGCUCCAAAGGAUCAGGAUCACAAGGCGGCAAACAAGACAGGAAAAGUCCCGUCGCGAGUCCAAAGCCGAACUUGGGCAAAGAUAGCGAAGGCGAUUCUGAGGAGCAGAAAAGUCAGGAAUCCUCGGGUCCGAAAGUUCCUCCACUCAAAAUCGUGAUACCGGGCGGGGGUGCCGCGAGUAGGAGUGAACAAGAAGGAGAAGGCACGAGGGGCAGCGGCAAGGGGCGCGGCAACAUGUCCACGCUGCCCUACGUGAUACCGUGCACCAGCAACGACACCGGACAGACCUCCGACAGCUCGGACGGCAACUCGGACGACAAGCGCCCUUCGGAAGGAGGAAAGUUUUCAAACCGAAACUGCCCAAAAAAUUUUCCUCCGCAGGCUGGUCAAAGAGUAUUACGUUCGCAUAGAACGAAUGAUGGGGACAAAGAUAAAGACAAGGAGAGAACAUCUCCACAAAGUGGCUCUGAUGCCGUAAUGCACAAACAUCAAUUGAAUUCAAACAAGAGCCCACAACCAUCUAGCUCAGGCCAAGAUGAGCAUGGGGUAUCUACCUCCGGCUCUGGCAGCCGGCACGACUCAGGAUCAUCUGGUCCCUCUGUAGACUUACAUCCCAGGAAAAGGAAGAUUAAAUCUUCCAAGGACAGUCAUUCCCGAGACCAGAAAAAUGAGCCAAUACAGGAGACCAGUUCGCUAAGUCAUAAUGUGACUCAUUCCAAUCCGUACCAGAUGUAUAUUCAUAUACGGAAACAAAUUGAUCGGCGACAAAGGAGUCUAUUCCCGGUAAAACCAAAACCUCCAAAGGACUUUAACAAAUAUCUGAUGAACCGAUGUACUUACACACUACAAGGUAAUGUAAACCCUGAACCACAGGUGGACAUCCCACAUACAAUGCCACCACAGAUGGUAAAUGAAUUUCUAACGCAGGAGAAAGAAAGGCAUCGACUGCGUAUCCAGCAUCUAGUAGAGAAAGAGAAACUAGUGCUGGCCGUCGAACAGGAGAUUUUGAGAGUUCACGGGCGCGCCGAACGCGCUGUGGCAAAUCAGGCUCUUCCUUUCUCCGUGUGCACGAUACUGCGCGACAUGGAGGUAUACAACGUAUUGGCACCGGAGCAGGAGGAGAAACGCAACGCGCAGCGUUCCCGCUGCAACGGAAGGCAGAUCAACUCCUGGCUGCAGGAGGUUGACGAUAAAUGGGAGAAGAUCAAGGAGGGAAUGCUUCGACGGCAGCACACGGAAGCACAAACUCUGCACGCAGUGCAAACCAUGGGCUGGGAGUGGAAACUGAAAGAGCUCGGUCUAUGCGACUACAAGACCACGCCCAAAAUCGACCCAACUCAUGUGCCCCAAAUACAUGUCUCGAAUUUUGACUUGCCCGCUUGAGUUUUGAGUUCAUAUUGCCUGGGUUCAUGUAAGGUUAGCAUAUUAUUAAUAUGCUAACAAAAAUAUAUAUAUAUAUAUAUAUAUAUAAAUAUAAUUUAAAUCUAACAAUUAUAACACCAAUUGGUAAUACGAUCAAGCGGAGCUACGAAAUUGGAUUUUAAUUCUAAAUUUUCGGCCUUCGGGCCCUCUAACAUUCUCCCGCGGCUCCCCUCCCGAUGACUGAUUUCUCCUCUUUCUUGUUAUUGUAUACUUUAUUUUAUGAAGAAAUCAUUUGUUACCGGGAGGCGAACGUAAUUUUAAAAUUUGAUUUGUAUUACCGUCUCGUUAGGGACUAUAAAGGCCAGCGCACAUUAGAGUAAACUACACCGCAUGUUCGCACCAGUGGAUGCGAAGUAACCACACUCUGAAGCUAGCCGAGAACUCUUCAGGUGGCACAGGUACAUGAUAUCACUCUCAAGGUUUUAAAUGUGGGGAUGUAAUUGCGGCACGCGCGACCCUAGAGUGCGUUGACCUUUAGUAAUUAAUUUGAAAUAUUGUAAUUUAAGUCGGGAUUCAAAUUUUUAAAAUCCGAUUUUAUGUAAGAUAUAAUUUUUAUAAUUUUAAUGUUUUAAUAGAUGACUAUAAUUUACAUUUUACCUUUAUUCUUAUGAUUUAAAAGUUUUGUUUUAAUGAAUUAUUAAAUCAAUUGAAUCCCAUUUUAAUGUAAUUAUUAUAAUUGUAAAAAUACGCGUGUGUAAUAGUAGUACUAUUAGUAUAGUAGUCAUUUGUUUAUUUUUGCAUAUAUUACCUGAUUUAUGUAUGCAUCGCAACAUGCGUGCAACGGCACCUAGCGCGCGACAUAAUAUGCUACUCCUAUGUUUUUAGCAGUUUCGGUAGGUUAGUCUUCUUAGUGUGAGGUAAUAAAGUCUUUUGAAGGUAAAUUAAAUCAUCUUAUAUUAGAUCACAUUAAAAUUUUAACUCUAGUAAUCAUUAUAUAUACCUAUGCACAACAGUACUAUAGUCCGACUUCAGUUAAAAGCACGCGUAUUUUAUCUUAAUUUGUAUAAUAUGUAUUAUAAUUUAAGUAAAAGAUCUCAAAUAAC